CAGAGUCUAAGCACUCCAAGACCUUGAACAGGAAUGUGGGCGGCUCUCCCUUGCAGCUGAGCUUCUCAGAUUUCUCUCACUAGAGUUGUGUGGCCAUGGGUACGCUAGCGCAGGCUGUUGAUCGGUGCAAAAUUCUGUCGGCUGCCGCUCAUUCCAAGUCUGAGGUGCAUUGCAAACCUCAGGCUGAAACCGGGGCCAGAAGUCUGAUAUGCAGACAUCAAGUAGAAAGUCUGCACGACGCGCUGGGCAGAAGGUCGGGGUUCUUUGGAGGCUCGCUUCAGCCAAUUGGCAGGCGGAAUGGCUUGCAACUGCAAUUGCAGCGCUCUCUGAAGACUGUCAGGGCAGCAUUGGCAGAAGCAACGGAGGCAGCGGCGCCUACCCUUGCAGAGACGCCAGUUGUCAAGAAGACUGGUUCGGUGGCAUUGGUGGCCCUUGGCUGUCCAAAAAACACUGUGGACGCAGAGGUGAUGCUCGGGGACCUGCAGAGGCAAGGGUACCAGAUCACUGACGAUCCUGACACCGCUGAUGUGGUAAUUGUCAACACGUGCGCUUUCAUCGAGGACGCCAAGCGGGAGUCCAUUGAUGCAAUCACGGAGGCUGGGGAACUGAAGGGCAAGUCUGCCAAGGGCGUGCUGGUGACUGGCUGCCUGGCACAGCGGUACUCUAAGGAGCUUGCCAGCGAGCUUCCGUUCGUCGACGCCGUCGUCGGCUUCGAGUCCUACUCCCAGCUCGGCGCCCAAGUCGAGCGCAUUCUCGCCACCGGAACCGCCAGCACCAGCACUUCCUCUCUCGAACAAAACGUCCUCGUCGGCACGCCGCACGUGCCGUUCCGUGUCGAGUCCGAGCGCCGGCGAAUCACGGCGCAGCACACGGCGUACCUGAGAGUCGCGGAGGGUUGCGACCACACGUGCACGUUUUGCAGCAUUCCGGGGUUCCGGGGGAAGUUCCGGAGCAAGCGGUUUGAGGCGGUGGUCGCAGAGGCGAAUCUGCUGGCGGCGUCAGGGGCGCGCGAGAUCUGUUUGAUCGCCGAAGACACGAACCAGUGGGGCAGCGACUUCGGCGAAUCGGACCCCCGGCGGCUGCAAGACCUGCUUCACGCCAUCGCAGAAAACCCCCGGGUUAAGUGGAUCCGACUGCUGUACUGCUACCCGAGUUAUUUCACCGAGGAACUGAUCACCGCCAUCGCCUCAAUCGACAAAGUCUGUAAGUAUAUCGACAUUCCGCUGCAACACAUAAGCGCGGCGGUGCUGCAACGGAUGCAGCGGCCGAGUAAAACGCACGCCGAGGGAUUGCUGCGAAAGUUGAAGGAACGGAUACCCGGGUUAGUGUUGCGAACCACGUUUAUUUCCGGGUUCCCGGGCGAGACGGAGGGGGAUCACGAGGAGCUUAUGGGCGCGGUUAAGGAGUUCGGGUUUGAGCGUGGGGGCGUGUUUGCGUAUUCGCGGGAAGACGGGACGCCCGCGGCGGAUCUGGAAAAGCAGGUCGGGCGACGGACGAAGGAUCGGCGGCAGUGCGAGUUGCAGGAUAUGAUGCGGGACCGGCAGAUGGACUGGGCGGGGCAGCAGAUUGGGCGGACGCUCGACGUCAUGAUUGACGUCAUGGACGGACACGUAGCGGUCGGACGAAGCCAAUAUGAUGCCCCCGAGAUCGAUAAUCGAGUCAGAAUAGAAGGGUGUUUGAUACCGUUUACGCCUGGGAGCGUGCUGCAGUGUAGGGUCGUGGGGGCUGAGGACUGGGACCUUAUUGCGGAACCAAUUGAAGUGAGUUGAGAUCCGCUGAAUAUUAAUUUCGACGAUUUAGUCAUUCAUGGCACAGUGCCCU